AUGGGUAGCUGUGUCAGCACACAAGAAUUUUCCCGGAAAAAGUCCAAGAAGGAACACGCCUUCAUCAAACUAAGAUUCAUAUGCGAUUUUUGCAACGACAAGAAAAAUCUCUGCUACUGGCACGGAGCUUUUGGAGACCGCUGGAUGUCCGUCGACGAGGAAUACAUGCGCGCGAAGCCGCAGGUUUUUCCUGCUCCCCAGCGAAAUCAAGGAAUAGUGAUUGGCGGGUUGGAGUUACGUGGUUCAUUCUGUCAGUGGAAUCAUGAGGGAAGGGAUAUUCUGAACGAGUUUUCGAAAAAGGCGGGUUUAGUACAAGUAUGGGACAGACCAUCGGAUAAAACUCGCGUAGGAGAGUUACGAGGGCUCAUGGAGGCGCUUGCGAAGGCCAAUGUUGAAGUCUGUCUUGGUAAGGUCUCGGCUUCAGGGGGAUAG